UCAAUAUCAGUAUGGGUGUGGUAAUCGCUGUGUGAAUUGCCUUGAAUCUAGUAAAUUUGGCGCCCUAUGCCUUGUUUUGGAUUUUAACGAAAUGACCGCGUUAACAUCGUGAAAAAGAAAACAAGUCUGCUAACCCUUACACGCGGCAGGAGGAUCUUGUAGUGUUUUUACAUCAGUAUUAUCAACGCUGGGAAGUGAGUGAAACACCUGGAGGACCAUGAGUGAGCUGGAGCAGUUGCGGCAAGAGGCCGAGCAGCUGCGCAAUCAGAUCAGAGAUGCCAGGAAAGCAUGCAGCGACUCCAGCCUGUCCCAGAUUACAGCUGGGCUGGAUUCAGUUGGAAGGAUCCAGAUGAGAACAAGGCGGACCCUCCGAGGUCAUUUAGCCAAAAUCUAUGCCAUGCACUGGGCCACUGAUUCCAGGUUACUAGUUAGUGCGUCACAAGAUGGCAAACUCAUCAUUUGGGACAGCUACACCACAAACAAGAUGCAUGCCAUUCCAUUAAGGUCAUCAUGGGUGAUGACUUGCGCCUACGCUCCUUCAGGAAAUUAUGUUGCCUGUGGAGGCCUGGACAACAUCUGCUCAAUCUACAGCCUUAAAACCCGUGAGGGCAACGUCAGAGUCACCAGAGAACUGCCUGGACACACAGGUUAUUUGUCAUGUUGUCGCUUUUUGGACGAUAGUCAGAUUGUCACCAGUUCUGGAGAUACUACAUGUGCUCUCUGGGACAUCGAGACCGGUCAGCAGACCACCACGUUCACAGGGCACAGUGGAGACGUGAUGAGCCUGUCCCUCAGCCCUGACUCGAAGACCUUUGUGUCCGGUGCCUGCGACGCGUCCUCCAAACUGUGGGACAUACGAGACGGGAUGUGCAGACAGUCUUUCACCGGACACGUGUCUGAUAUAAAUGCUGUCUGUUUCUUUCCAAACGGUAAUGCGUUCACCACGGGCUCGGACGACGCGACUUGUCGUUUGUUUGACCUUCGUGCGGACCAGGAACUCAUGAUGUACUCGCAUGACAACAUUAUCUGCGGCAUCACCUCCGUGGCCUUCUCCAAGAGUGGCCGUCUACUGCUCGCUGGCUACGAUGACUUCAACUGCAAUGUGUGGGACACGCUUAAAGGAGAGCGUGCAGGCGUUCUGGCUGGGCAUGACAACAGGGUCAGCUGUUUGGGGGUGACCAGUGACGGCAUGGCUGUGGCCACCGGUUCUUGGGACAGCUUCCUAAGGAUAUGGAACUGACCUCACUGGACAGUACUUCGGGGAGCCACUCUUUCUGAUAACAAGAGUCACUGUAGUGCACCACUGCCACACAGGACCCCCUCCCUCUCCUUCCCCUCCUUACAGAUGACCUGGUUUUCUUCUCUCCGCACUAUCCCACUAUCCUACAGUCAUUUAAAGAGGUGAGGACCAGCAGUGAAGAGCCUCCGCUGGCUCUGUCUGUCUCUCGGGCUUCACAUCUCGACUCGAGAGGUGCGGAACAGACUGUGUUGUAUAUAUCCGCCAUUCUUUAUGCUUGUAUGUAUAACAUAUGCACUUCUGACAGUGUUUGGAUGUUCUGGUGUGUGGAUACUCAUGAUGGGUGUCUUAGCUGUGCCUGUUUUUUUUUUUUCCUGCGUAAUUUUUUUUUCUUAGUUCCCAAUCACAGUGCUAUUUGCCACACACAAUGCCACACCGAAGGAUGAUGCUGCCACAGUGUUGUAGGCCAUCAGUGUUUGACCUUAAGUUUAGUUUGCUUUGGCUAGUAUCGUCAGUUUUGGCCUGUUCUGUCAUAAAUGGCUCAGGUUGGUUGAGUGUAGUUGUGUGAGAAACACUGAUGUCACUGAGCUUGUGUUCGCCAUCCUCGAAGCCUGACAGAAAUGUUUGGCAUGUUUCAUGGUAUUAGACUGUAUUACUGACUGCACAGAAGGACUUACCAUCAGCCUGUCUGUCCCUUCUGUCUUUACUAUCACUAGAUAUACUCUGAGAUUUGCUGCUUUCCAUACUGAUCCAGCUGGACUUGUGUGAUGCAUUUAUGGUUAAAGGGAUAGUUACCCACAAGUGAAAAUUGACGUCAUUUACUCACCAUCAUGUUGUUCUUCUAUGACUUUGUUUCUUCUGUCGAAAAUAGAAAAACUCAGAAGAAGACUGUGCUGUUCUUUGUUUUCCAAGCAAUGGCAGUAAAUGGGGACUGAUGCAUUUUUGCUUCAGAAACAGGAUACAGACGACUUGUGCGCUACAUUCUAAGUCUUCUGAAGACGUACAAGAGACUGACUAAGAAACAAACUGAAAUUUAAUUUGGUUAUCUUUAUUUAACCUCUGCAUCCAGUUCAAGUGGGUUGAACUCAAGAACUGAAUCGGCACAAAGCAAUUCAUGACCCUUCCAGGAAGACCUGGUGCAUUUGCCAUUAUCAGUAAAUAACGGCUUCAGAUCUGUUGUUCCUGUUUGUCGGCUUGUACAGCUUAAGAUGACAUGGGGUUUGGCCUGUAAAACAUUUGGUCCUUGUUCAUGGUGCUUUUAAAUCCGUGUGAGCACAAAAAAAUGAUAAUUAUUUGGGUUUGAAACAGUUUGAGGGUGAGUAGAUGACGCAUUCUGAAGGUUUGGUUUAGUCAUAAUUUGUUUGAACACCAAGCAUGGCCUUGAUGCUUUGUGACUCUUUGCCAUUGGUUAGCAGGCUGGAAGUGCAACCUAAUACCUAACAAGAGGCCUUGGUCACUGCCACUCUGACAUUGUCUGCCUUCCUACACACACUAUGAGCAUCUGCCCUUCUUAGAUGAGGAACUAGCUAGGACUGUAUGCUU